UUUUUUGCUCCAAACGGUCAAUUCGUCAGUAACUCUCCAAUAGGAUAAUCUUGGUUCUAUUCUGAUUCUCAAUUGCCUCCUCAAGCAGAGUCAAUAUUGCACGCUAAACGGUCAAUUCGCCUCAUCUCAGCGUCUAUUCUCCUUACGACCACUACUCCUAAUUGCCUCUCUCCAGGGAAUUCGGAUAAGAGCUAGUCAAUUCUCCCAAUUACCCCUCUCAGCGUCAAUUACUCCAUCGUCCUUGUCUCCACCAUGAGGAUUCCCGUCAUUUCCAAAUCCUCCGUCGAUGGCGACGCCAACUACUCGCCUCCCAAAGCGUUCCCCAUAGGCCCCUUCACAAAGUACGCCCACAACCCCAUCCUCAAACCUAAUCCCGACUGGGAGUUCGAGAGCGGCUACCUCUACAACGCUUCGGCCAUCGUCGUUGACGGGUACGUAUUCUUGUUGUACCGAGCCCAGAAUAAGCAGAAAGAGUCCUCAGUGGGUUUGGCGUGGUCCGAGGACGGAUUCCAGUUCAAAAAGUACCACAAGCCCAUCAUCUGGGCCACCGAGCCCUGGGAGCAAGGUGGAGGUAUCGAAGAUCCCAGAAUUGUCAGGGACCCCAAGUCCAAGCUCUUUAUCGUCACAUACACAGCCUACGACUUGAGCACCGCUCGUUUGUGUGUGGCCACUUCCGAGGACUUGUUCCACUGGAAGAAGUACCCAUCGUUUGUACCUCACUACUGGCAGGACUUGGCCAGAACCUCCGACAACAAGACGCUUAUCCGUAACGAAUGGCUGAAGUCGGGAGCUAUCUUCACCGAAAGAAACAAGGAUGGGAAGUAUUACAUGAUUUGGGGUGACAGCGACUUGCACUUGGCCGAGUCAGACGAUUUGGUCCAUUGGAGCUUGACCAGUGGCGAUUUCAACGCCAACAAGUUUGCCCAGCCCCGCUUCAACUUUGAGAACAAACUUAUCGAAUCAGGCCCUGCUCCCAUCAAGUUGAACAAUGGGAAGAACCAGUGGGUGUUCUUCUACAAUGCCAGUACCACUGGAGGUGAAGAUAUUCCUAGAGAAACUUACACCAUCAGCGAGAUGUUGAUCGAUUACGACCAUAUCCGUGACGGACCCGUUGCCAGAUUAGAAAAGCCCAUUUUGAAACCAGAACAACGAAACGAAGUCGAAGGGCAAGUUAACAAGGUCGUUUUCUGCGAGGGAAUCGUUCAGUUCAAGGGCAAAUGGCUUCUUUACUAUGGUCAGGGUGAUUCCGAGCUAGGAGUUGCCUACACUGACGUUUAAAAUGUUUACAUAUGCAAAAAGUUUGUAUUAGACCACAAAAUUCCAUACCGGCCUCUACCAUUAGAGCCAUGAAUUCUAUUGA